UUCCUCUAUGGACCCCCCUGAUCUGAUUUUGGUGAAUAUAAAUACAGCAUGAAAAUCUAACUAGUCAUUGCAGAAAAAGCUCUUUUCCCUCUCUUUUCUUGUUCCUUCCAGGCCUUUCUUGAUCCUGUUACAUUACUUGCUCAGGAAAUAUGUCUAAGGAAGCAGACUUGAAGAAGAUUGAACUCAAGGUGUCUGUCAUCUGCUGUGAUGGCUGCAAGAGGAAAGUAAAGAAGAUUUUACAGAGUAUUGAAGGUGUUCUAAAGACUGAAAUUGAUUCUUUACAACCCAAAGUUACAGUCUUAGGGAAUGUGGAUCCACAAAUUCUAAUAAGAAGACUGCUGAAAGCUGGAAAACAAGCAGAACUGUGGAGCAAUGGGAGUCAGAAUGCUGGAAAAGAAAAGAAAGAAGCAGAAAACACAGUGAUAAAAGAGAAAGAGAAACCAAAAUCUGAAUGUGAUCAAGCAAAAUCCUCAAAUUCAUUAGGCAAUUCUACUGACAAGAACAAAGAGGUUAAAAAUGGUGGGGAUGGAAGUGAGAAUAAGGCUCCAAAGAAGGAUCAGAAGGAGGCAGCAGAUAGCAAAUUAAAAUCUUCUUCCAAUCCUGAAAUUGUAAAGACAGAAAAUCCUCUGCCUCCUCACCGACAACCGAGUGACACCAAGUUUCCAAGCACGUUUCAGGAAACGGGUAAUGUCUGCAGUUGGAAUCAGUAUUAUUACAAGGUUGAGCCUUACCCAGUUGCUGUACCCUACUAUGCAUUACCUUCAUACACAGUUAAUCCCCUGUCUCCAAACUGCUAUGGCCAGGAAUUCCUAAAUCAAGAGAGACCAGUGUUUCAACCUCCACUCCAGGCACCAGCAGUACGAGUUGGGGAUUACUUUAGUGACGAAAAUACCAUGGGAUGUCACGUAAUGUGAGAGCUGCAGGACUAUGCACUGAAGAUCAGGAACAUGGCAAUUUAUCCUUAGGUGGCUGAUUCAUUCAAGUAUCUUUUUGUAGUCUUUGAGAACUUCUGUAACACUUAAUUAUUGGAAAUCUAAUUCGUUGGACUCCAUCACUUCACCAGAGAAAAAGAGGAAGAAAGGGACUGCAAAGAUUUAAACACAGGAAUUCUGUACAAGAUAGACACCCCAACAUUGAGAUAGUAAUCUAAUGGCAAAAAAUGGAGGUUUUGAAAUAUGGGCUAUUCAAUAUGUUGGUAGAUGGGCGUAUCUCCAUCUCAAAUCUCAAUUCCCAACCAUUUCUAUUCCAGCAAUCAUACUUAGAAAGGUAAGUUGAAAGAAAAAGAAAGGUUUUCCAAUGGAUCGAUAGUCCUUUUUCCAUGGCACACGCUUCUUAGAAUUUUUUCAAAACAGGGGAU